AUGACAUCCUUUCAUGUAUUUAAAAGUAUUUUUAAUUCAUCAUUUGAAUUCUAUGGUUUAUCCGAAUGGUUAUUAGAAAUAAUGCCGGAUAAUGUUGAUCUCAAUCGUUAUAAAAUAAAUCGAUCACAUAAUGGUUGGAUAUUUCGAAGACAUAAUGCUCGUUCAAAAUUUAUUUGUACAUAUUGUACGCAAUCUGAAAAUCAAUUACACAAAGAAAAGACAAUGAUAAAUAGUUGGACUUCAGUUUAUACAACAAUACUUUUUCGUGCACGAUUAGAUAAAUCUUUCAAUGGUCAAAAUAUUGGUCGAAUACAAAUGAGAAUAUUUGAACAAGGUUGUUAUAAAUGUAAUAUGUAUAGUAUAGGUAUUAUGGAUGAAAGUGAAAUAUCCAACCAUUAUGUGAUCGAUUUAUUUUAUAACGAUUGA